AUGGGAAAGUUGAGAAAACAUAGAAGAAACCAAAAGGCAAGACACAAUCCACUUGGCGAUGCAGCAACCCAAGGUCAGCACUCGCAGCUGGACAAAUCACAAAAGAAUGAUGAAGGCACAAGACAAUCCAAAAUUCUACCACUAAUAAACAAAUUGCGAUCCUCAGUGCCCAAUGACAAGUCGAUGGCACUUGGGGCUAUCACAGUAUUGGCAGAGGAUGAGCGAAUGAGACGAUUGUUGUUGAAAGAACGGCUCAUUGCUGUUGUUAUGGAAACUUGUCUCAACGACUCCAACGAUGAGAUUAUAGUCGAGGCAUUUGGAUUGCUUCGUAAUUUGGGGGUGGAAGAAGGUUAUGACGUGUCCAAAUAUUUAUGGAGACAAGGGAUCUGGGUUAGUAUUGAAAGUGCCUUAAACAAGAUUGACCACAGUUUUAAAUACAUGAAGGGAGAGGGCAAGGAAAAUGGAGAACAAGAAAAAGAGAAAGAAAGAGAAGGCCAAACCAAUAAGAACAAUACCACUUCAGUCAAGGACAAAUCCAAAGUGCUGCUUUUGUUUGACUUUUGUGAGAAUGUCUUGAGUUUGAUUUUAGUAUUGGCCAGCGGUGAUGACCAAAUGUGUGACGCUGUGCUUGCUAAAAGUGAACCCAUUGUAGAGCUUGUUCUUCAAUUCGUGCAGGAUCAUAUUACCAAUAAAUUACGAGUUUCCAAUAAGUUGUUCAAUGUGGGAUUAGAAUUUAUAUUUGAAUUGGCCACUGUGUCAGACGAAUUAGUUGAGAAAUUGAUACAAUAUAGCAAGUUGAGUGAGAUUAUAGAGCAUGUGGAGAACCUGAACAAUCAAUUGGCCAAGGUGUUUGUUGAAGGUAUCAAGUUUAGAGUAUUUGAGAUUGAACAAUUACCAAAUAAGUACAGGAGAAAGCAGGAAGAAAUGGCCAAGAUUUUGAAAAUGGUUUACUGGAUACUAUCCAGCAUUGACUUGAGCCAACUCUCACAAUCGAUUGAAAAGUCAAAGAACAAUUUUAACAAUAACAAUAACAGCUCAUCAAACGAAUUUAUCCAGAAACCGGGGGCAUCUAAAGGAGAAGAAAACACACUCGAAAAGGAUUUGAGUAGUUCGAGCGAUUUGAAAAAUGAGGUGCAGGCCGAUCUUGCCACCAUUGAAAAUGGUUUGGCUAUUGUUGCUUCGGUGUUGGAGUAUAUCUCUGUCAACGAGGAAGCUCCGAGCCUGCCGGUGCAUAUCUCAAAUGAGCUUGAAAAUGUCCUAUUUGGGGAAAUUGAGCCAAUGUUGAAGCAAUUGUUGAAUGCGGCAGGUUAUCAAUAUACCAAUUUGCAGUUGGAUGAGCAAAUUUUGAGUGCAUUAAACAAUUUCUGUUGGUUGCUUUUGAGUAAUGAAAACUUGCCUGUUGCAUGGUACGAGGAGUCUUUGGCAGUAUGGGAUAUAGUGCUCAAAGUUUUGGAUAAGAACUUUAACAGCUUGGGGUUGAGUACGAUGUGGGCGAUUAUGAAAUGCCAUGGGCCGGAAAUCACCCAGCGUGUUCCUCCAAGUUUUAUUGAAAAUCUACUUUGUAUUAAAGUUGAAGAGCCAAACUUUGAGACUAUUCCGAAUGUUGUGGGGGUAAUUGGUACGAUUGCUCCCAUUGCCAAUAACACGGAGAUUACUUAUAGUAUAUCGCAGUAUCUUAUGGCAGCUAUCUCUGUUGCGUGUGAAAAUGCCAAUUCGAAGAACCCGUUGGCGGUGGAGAUUAUAAUUGAGUCCUUGAAUGCAUUGUAUGAUAUUUUUGCUGAUAAGGAAUUUCAGUAUGACUACGAGAUAUUUGUUGAGAAGAAUUACCUUGUGUGGUUUAGGGACAUCGAGCCUAGAGUAAAAGAGGCGUACAAGAAGGUUGAUAAAAAUAGACAUCCAGUAUUAAAGAGCCGCAUGGAAGAAGUAUGGAACAAUUUGGAAAGGUUUAUAGAGUACAAGGCUAGUGAAAGGAGCUAA